GGCCAGGCUGCACGGCUGCACUGUGACACCGCAGGGCCAGCCGCCACGCGGGCUUACCACUCCCUGAAAGUCAAGGUCACUGUGAGUGGCUGUUCUGUGUGACAGGGCAGGACGUCACCCGGGGGUGGCGGAGUCCCCUGUGUGAGGGCCGAGGCGGGGGACUCACCUCGCCAGGCAGUAGAGGAAGGGGCGCCGGUGCCCCUCCGGGAGAUGGCGGCUGCGGGCCAGGCCGCCCGUCCCGCCCAGGGGCUGCCCCGCGUGUGACCCGGCGGAAGCAGGCGGCGGCGGGAAAGACAUCUGCAGGCCGCUCGGUCCAGCUCCGCGGGCGGCCGCAGCCCCGCACCCAGCACCCAGCAUCCCGCUGCCCGCGCCCAGGCGCCCGGGGGGCGGGCCGUGGAGGCGGGCCCGCCCGGCGCGGCGUCCAAUCGGGGGUGGCGGCAAGGCCGGCGCGCACCUGCGGACCCACUAGUCAAAGCCAAGGCCCGGAGCGGUCUGGACCUCGGGAGCAGAAACCCUGCCGCGCGAUGAUCAGUCUCUCCCCGUGGCUCUGGACAGAUCUGUUCUUUCUGCUUCUGAGUCUUGGCGUUGCCCUCUACUUGGGCUACUACUGGACAUGUGUGCCCCAGAGGCCUCAACUGGUGGCUGGGUCCCGGUUUCUGGCCUUCCUGGAGCAACACUGUCCAAUCACCGUGGAAACUUUCUAUCCUACGCCAUGGUGUUUGGAGGGGCGGCUACAAACCAUCUUCAGAGCCUUACUGCAUCCUCGGUGUCCAGUCUCUUACCGGAGUGAAGUCCUCCACACUCCAGAUGGAGGACAGCUCAUGCUAGACUGGGCUGACCAGCAUGACAGCAGUCAAUACCCUGACCCUGCCACUCAGCCCAUUGUGCUACUGCUUCCUGGUAUUACAGGCAACAGCCAGGAGACAUACAUCUUGCACCUAGUUGACCAAGCUUUGAGGGAUGGUUAUAGGGCUGUUGUGCUCAAUAACCGGGGCUGCCAUGGGGAACAACUGCUGACCCACAGGACCUUCUGUGCCAGCAAUACCGAAGACCUGGAGACAGUCGUGAACCACAUAAAGCACCGCUACUCCCAAGCUCCACUGCUGGCCGUGGGCAUCUCUCUUGGAGGGAUAUUAGUGCUGAACCACCUGGCGCGAAUGGGGCAGGCUGCAGGGCUGGUGGCAGCGCUGACGCUAUCUGCAUGCUGGGAUUCCUUUGAGACGACCAGCUCCCUGGAGACCCCGCUCAACUCAUUGCUCUUUAACCAGCGCCUCACUGCUGAGCUCUGCCAAGUUGUGAACCGAAAUAGGAAGGUGAUGGAAAAGGAGGUCAAUGUAGACUUUGUGACACAGGCCCGCACAAUCCGCCAAUUUGAUGAGCGCUACACUGCCGUGGCCUUUGGCUACAAAGACUGUACCACCUACUACCAGGCAGCAAGCCCAAGAACCAAAGUGGAUGCCAUCCAGACACCUGUGCUCUGCCUCAAUGCAGCAGAUGACCCCUUCUCCCCAGCCUGUGCCUUUCCGCUACAAGCUGCCCAGCAAUCUCCCCAUGUCGCGCUGCUCGUCACGGCCCAGGGCGGCCACAUCGGCUUCCUGGAAGGCUUGCUCCCCUGGCAGCACUGCUACAUGAGCCGCCUCUUCCAUCAGUACGCCAAAGCCGUCUUCCAGCACGCCGCAGAGCUGCCGGGCUGCGGGGCGCUGGCAGCUUCUGCAGAAGGCGAGAGCUGACCACAGUGCCAGAGGGGUCUCAGUUCAGUCUUCCCUGUUUAUUAAAUAUCAACGUUUCCUGUC